GUGCCAGCGCCCCUCCUGCGCUCAGAAUCUGGUCUUCACCCGGCCUCAUAGACACUGACUGCAAAACCUGCCGCCGUGCAGCACCCGGACCCUUAAGUGGCUCAGGAAGCGCAACGGCUAUAAAGCGGCUCUACGCCUGUUGCUAUGGCGACUGGGCGAGAGGCCGGAAGCGAGGCCUAGUAGGGGUCCCCGGCUAGCCUCAGGGUUGCGGCGCCUAUCCCCGGGCCAGAUUAUUGGUCUAGAAAGAGCAUUGUUUAAUUUUUGGAAGACUUGCCUGAUAACUAAGUCAACUCUGUUCUGCAUGAUCUAACGUGAUGGGACCAAGCCAGCCAGCCUCCACCUGUGUUCAUCUAGCAUCCAGUGUCCAACUCGGUGCAAUGCAUGAUCUCGGUAAUCUCCAGCCUCAGAACCAGCUGCAGUUUAAUAGGAAUGUCCCUACACAUCCGAGCAACUUGGCAAUCCGAUAUUCUUGUCCACAUGUUAUUAGAAUUGAAAAACUGAAACACUCGUACAAUGAAUCAUAUCAUUGUAGAGACUCAGAUUUGAGAGUUGGACCUGACCUAAGCAGUUCUGUUUCAUUUUCUGUCAUAUCAGAAGAGAGACUUAGCUAUGCUGUCCACCUAGCCAAAAGAGAUGUGAAGCGAAGACAAUUUGAAGAACAUGUAAAAGAACAUCAUCUCAGAAGUCAACCCAGAAGUGCUAACAAAUGUGGACAUGCCAAGUGUAAAAUUCCUGACCACAAGGUCGAAAGGAAGGACAUGAAGAGUCAAGUGUGUCAGUGCAGGCACCGACCAUCCAAAGUAGGAAUUUCCAGUUCAGGUGCCAAGGUAUAUGUGUACACAUCUCAUCCAGGGUGGUCAGAUCUUAGGGUUCAGAAUUCAUCACCUACCCAUGAUCCAGGACUUCAGCCACAAUCCAGGAUAGGGGACCACAAAAACCUUUGUGAACAGAAAAGCCUGCUAGAAGUUCAGCGACUCCAGAAAGAAUUGAGCAGUUGUAUUCAUAAAAUUGAAGAGGUAACUAAAAGAGAUAGACUAGAAGAAGCUUUGGAUCCAGAUGAGGAGCGGAGAAUCCAUGUCAGGAGACAGGAGCAAGCUGUGCGUUGUACCCGGAUGCUCUAUGUCCUUCAGCAGCAGGUAAAAGAAAUCCAGGAAGAGUUAGAUAAAUUGAGUCCCCGUAAAAUUAAGCACACUAAGAAGUCAUGGGCAGUGUCCAGGCUGGCAGCUGCUCAUCGAGGAGCCAUUAGGGCUUUGCAGAUGUUUGUUACUCAGUUUACUGACCGAGGAGAGCACCCAGUUCCUACGCGGUGUAGGGAACUGGGCAGUCUUAUUCGUCAGCUUUCACUUUGUUCUGCCAAGCUAGAUGCUGAUCCUUCCAUCCCUGAUGUGGUUAUAGAUAUUCUGCAACAAAUUGAGGCUUUGGAAUCUCUGCUAGAAAAGAAACUAUCCCCCAAAAAGGUGAAAAAAUGUGUCACAGAAGUUCGGAGCAGAUUUCCUGUUGGUAGUCAAAAGACUUUGGAGAAAUGGCCAACUAUAUCAUCCAAGAGGGAGAGGAGAUCCUUUGUAACAAAGGAGACAUUUCCACAGGAAACAAGUCGACCUUCAGUGGCAAAGAGGCUUCUUGCUGAUCAGUGUCAGCCUGAUGUGGAGUUACCUGUGACUCGGAGGCUGGAGAGUGAACUUGAUGUGUUAGGUGCAGAUAUUCUUCCAGAAGAAGGUGGCUCAUUUAUUCUGGAGCACAGUGCAGAUGUCAAAGAUGAAGCCCUAGCCCUAGCAAAAACAAGAGCACUGAAAAAGAAGACUGCAACGGAGAACGUGCCAUUUCGGAAGAAAGAUACUUUGGAGUCAGUCAGACCACAGCAAGGACUCCACAAAUUUGAAAGUAGUAGACCAAGCCAACCUCAUGGCAAAAGCAGGUUACAACAGACAACAGUGUCAUCUAGAUUAAAAAUUAACCGACAGCCUGUGAAAGACCACAGGGCUCCUUGGAUACCUCCAAACCCCACAUCCCCACCAGCAUCUCCCAAGUGUGCUGCCUGGCUCAAGGUGAAGCCCAGCCCCCGUGAUGCUGCAAAAGAACGAUCUUUCCAGCAAGAAGAUACUCAGGAGUCGAGUCAACUGCAAGAUGCUGUUGCGCAUGGAGCAGCCAGGCUUGCUUGGCUUGAUGCAUCCAAAAGUUUGAAGGAACUAGAAGAAUUGGACAGAAAGCAAAAACAGAGGCUUCACUGGCUUGAUGCUGAGACUUCUCGAAGAACCAAAGAGCUGAAUGAACUGAAAGUUGAAGAAAGGGAUAGACUCCAAACAUUAAGUGUUUCUGCCACCCAGUUAGCAGAUAAGGUAGAGGAGGCAGUUCUGGAGCAUUUGAAGCCUCUCGUGGUCAAAGCCCAGAGAGUUAAUUCUUCUGUGGAAGCAAAUAGUCAUUUGAAGGAUCAUCCAUCAUUGAACACAGUGGCAGCCCAGUCUGCAGAGCAGGCUCCAGAUGGUAAUUCUGAAUCUAACAGUUUCCAUCAGCUGGAUGAAUUUUUGGAAAACACUACUCAUGAGCUUUGGGCUAUGACUCAUGCUAAGAUCUUGGGGUCAGAAACCUCAGCCACCAUGGGGGACAGCAAGGAUAGCCCAAAUCUGGAGAUCAUGAUGCUCAGGAUGGAGGAAAUGGAAAAAUACCAGGAGACAGUUCGCCAAAGAUAUAAUAAAAUUGUAUAUGCUGAUCCUCAUUUAUGGAUGCAGGAAGAAAAAAAGGAAGCAUCAAGUGAAAAGCCUCUGGCUCCUCAUCCAAUCAGCAUCAUCAAGGCAGUGGCCCCCAGAGAGCCAGCCAUGAACAUCAUGCUUGAAAGGCCCUGCAAUGCAAACUCCCUGGAUGAAAGUAUGGGAACUGAGGAGGGAUCAGAGAAAAGGGAAGUCCCCCCUCCUUCCCUCACAGAAGAUUCCCAGCAGAGAGAAGGCCGAGCUCCCCUCUUUGUCCCACCAGGGAUGCGACACAGCAUUGGUGAUUACUGUAGCCGUUUUGAGCAGUUCCUCCGGAUCAUAUCUCAUGAGGCUAUGGGCUCCUUCAACCCAUGGCUGAUAGCUGAAAGCUUUUCAGAUGAGCUGGUAGAUGAAGCUUUGGGGGCUGUGGCUGCAGAACUGCAGGAUAUGUGUGAAGACUAUGCGGAAGCCGUGUUCACCUCAGAGUUCCUGGAGCCUGCUGCAUAAAGACGCCAGGUGGGGCCCUUGUGUCACCCUGGAGGAGAGAUGGCACUAGCCUGUCUUAGCCCACAGGGAACCCUUAUACUAGGCUUCCCACUGAAGGGAAAGACCUUACUUGGUCUUCAAGAUUCUCACAGCAGUGAUUCUUGAACUUUGUGAUGGAAUGUGUUACAUUUAUCAAUGCCCAGGAAAUGUGAAGUGAUUAUGAUGGUACAUUAUUUUCAGAAUUAUAAUGUUCCUACUGAAAUAAUAAUGUUCAUUCUUCUGGCUCUGUAGAGAUCAAAAUAUUUUGAAAGGUAAUGGAUAAAGAUAUUUCACAUGGGGAUUCAUACUGCUGUUGAACCCACGGUGGCAUUAAUUAUAACCCACAUGCAGUUACUGUCUGGCCUCAGCACCUUGUUCCUGUUUUCUGUCACUGGCAGUGUCCUGCUAGUUCAUCUGUUCUCCUGUGUGGUCGACUCAGUGUAGAGUUUGGUGAUGCUGCAGAACUCUGCUUGAGCAGCAGUGGUACGAAGAGCCCCAGCACACAGUUGUAAGGUGACUGUGCACAUUUUCAUCUCCUCAAAGUCACUAUUGCUAUGUAUUGUCACAUGCUGGUAUAAAAAGCAUUCUCUGAAUCCAGAGGAAGUUUGAGGACAUGAAAGGAUCAGGGCUUCUCCUGUGGCCCUUGUUGUCUCCCAGGGAGCAGACGUUUCUCUUCAUUGGAGGUGGGAGCAGAGCCGGUGGUUGAAGACCUCCCAGAGGGAGGGAGAUAUAUACCUAAGAACCCUAACAGCUUGGUUCUCCCUUAGCUAAAGUCCUGGAACCAAGGGAAAAGCCUCUGGGGUUUUAGAACCCCUGAGUUAAAAAAAAGAGAAAAGGAGCUGGGUGUGGUGGCUCACUCCUUUAAUCCCAGCACUUGGGAGACAGAGGUAGGAGGAUUACCAUGAGUUCAAGGCUACUCUGAGACUACAUAGUGAAUUCCAGGUCAGGCUGGCUAAAGUGAAACACUACCUCGAAAAACAAAACAAAAGGAAGAAAGAAAAGAGAGAGAGAAAGAAAGAAAGAAAAGGAGUGCGUAUAAAAAUAAGGUGAUUAUAAAAAGUUUCCCACAAUUAUUUGCCUCAGGUUUGGUUAAAAAAAAAAAGUGAGCCGGGCGUGGUGGCGCACGCCUUUAAUCCCAGCACUCGGGAGGCAGAGGUAGGAGGAUUGCCAUGAGUUCAAGGCCACCCUGAGACUACAGAGUUAAUUCCAGGUCAGCCUGGACCAGAGUGAGACCCUACCUCGAAAAACCAAAAAAAUAAAAUAAAAUAAAAUAAAAAAAAAAAGUGAAGAACAGAGGGCAUGAGACACACCCAAGGAAUAAUGUGAACCCUGUUAUAACAUGUACAAUACAGUAUUGUCCAGGAUUGCUUCUGAAAUGCCAGACUUUCAGGUGAUAAUUUAAGCUGUUUGAUCAUACUUAUUUGUGCAAAAUUGAUUUUCAUUUAAUGUUAAUGUUUUUCUGCUUAAUGUUAUAUAUCCUCAGAACAUAAAAGUACAUUGAAGGAAUUGUAGGUCUUCAGUCUGAAGAGUUGGAUGUGUGCAUUUGAACCAAUUGAAGCAUUUGUCAUUGGUAGUAUCAAGUCAUUUGUAUGGCAGUUUUUACUGUGCUAAUUUUUUAAAUAAUAAAUUGAAUAUUUUGAAGUAUGAA